UGCUCGUGUCGCGUCGCGUUGGUACCUACAUGUUAGACGUCAGUUGCAGUUUGCCGGGUCUCGCGUAAGCCUGUGCUGCUUCGUCGUCCGGUCUAAUAAUCGCUUUUCGUUUGAAUUUAAUAUUAUAUCGCACAUCAUAUUGAUUUCCUAUCGUUAGUCGUAGAAAUCUGGUCACAUUUUUAGCGAUUUCGUCACUAUAAAACUUGCUUAUACUUAAUUAAAUUACAUUUAACUUUUUCUCACCGAAUGAUAACAUAAUAAUAUUAUCUGCAACUUCCCGCGCAGAGUAUUCACCCUCAGCACACUUUAUCAGUCGAGAUGGGUGACUGCGGCGAUGCCGAGGACGAGUUUGAAGACGCACUGGAGGUGAUUCCGGCGCACUGUAAAAUGGACUUGAAUACUGCUUUAUCGGAUUCAAAAAUCGCUAUACAUUUAUUUUUUAACAAUAAAUUCAAUGAGGCUCAACAUAUAUUGGAACCAUGGGUUGGAACGAGCAUGUAUCACACCAUUGGAAGAUCAAUUUUUCUGUUUCUAGAAGCUUUACUCACAUUCGAACAGACGAGCAUACAAAAAGCGUCUGAGGCACUAAAAUCCAGUAUCCGUUUAUGCAAUUCGUAUCGCAGAAAAACCACUCUGACGCAAUCCAUUGGGAACAUAAUGAAAAAGCCUAACUACGACUCGUUUACACCGGACGAGUUACAUGCUGAACUAUGUUUCGCCGAAGCAUUGUUACUUAAAGCACUUUUAACAUUCAUUGAAGAUGAGACGUUAGUCAGUUUCAUUCGGGCAGGCAUUAAAAUACGAUCAUGCUACAACUCAUACAAAGAAUGUAAUGUCAUAUUGAGCUCGCGCUCAUGGUCUGAAAACGAAAAGUCCUACAAAGAGCAUUUUGAGAGUGGCGUGCGUCUGGGUAUCGGGGCUUUUAAUCUGAUGAUCUCGUUACUGCCGUCAAAAAUAAUCAAACUACUGGAAUUCAUCGGGUUUUCUGGAAGCAAAGAACAAGGCCUCAGUGAACUUGAAUUGUGUUACCAAGUUCCACAUGGACUACGACACGUCCUAUGCGUUCUAACCAUGCUCACUUACCACCUGGUUGUGGUGUACGUUUUCAGUCAGGAAGAGGGUGACUUAGAGUUUUGCGACACAGCGCUGCGCCAACAAUUAACGCUGUAUCCUAACGGUGCGUGGUUCUUGUACUUUAAAGGACGUCUGGAGUUUAUGCGUGGUAACGUAGACGAUGCAAUCAAAUGGUACACAGCUUCGGUGGAGUCCCAAGACUCAUGGCCUCAAUUCCAUCACAUAUGCUACUGGGAAUUGUGCUGGGCCAAUUGCGUUGCCUUAAACUGGAAACGCGCAGAAAUAUACGCGGCCAAAUUGGCGGAGCAGAGCAAGUGGUCACGCACUACAUACAACUACCAGCGAGCAUGUAUCAUGCUCAUGCGAGGAUACAAUUGUUUGUCCCGCGACGAGCUCAAUACGGUCAACCAGUUAAUGGCGGACGUGCCCAAAUACAAACAGAGGAUCGCGGGAAAAUCGUUGCCAAUGGAAAAAUUUGCUGUAAAGAGAUCUCAAAGGUUUGCCAAUCAGAAUAACAGGCUGUUCAUGCCUGCCAUUGAAUUGCUGUACUUGUGGAACUUGUUCAACGUAUUCGGCAAACGCAAGUCAUUGUGCGACAAUCUGUACAGACUCAUUGAUAGAAACACAAAAGACCUUGAAAAAAAUCCUGGGCAAUAUGGCAGUGAAUACGAGUACGAUAACAAAGCACUCGGGUGUCUAUUGAAAGGCGUGUGUUUGCGCAUCAUGGACAGCCCUCUGUACGCUGAAGAGUGUUUCAAGUCUGUCGUAUCGAUGGAGAAGAAAAUCAAAGAGGACCGUUUUUUGGUGCCGUACGCGCACGUAGAGCUUGCGUUUUUGUAUAAAACUAAGGGCAACCUGGAAAAGGCAGCAUAUUACCUCGAAACGGCAAAAAAAAAUUACUCCGGUUAUUCACUAGAGACGAGACUGCAUUUUCAAAUCCAUUGCGCAUGGUCCACGUUGAACGAUCGCAACACCACAACUACAACGGACCACAACAACGAUCUCACGCCUGAUAGUCGAUUUAACGACAACCAAUGAGAAAACCCUAAUAUUACAUUUACCUAAAACAUAUUAUUAUUAUUAUUAUUAUUGAUGUUGUUUUUGUUGUCAGUCUCGACGGAACGUUCGUUUUAGUUAUUUUGCGUCGUGCAAUUUAAUAUUAUAUUUUUACAAAUAGGCAAAUUAAUAAAUAAUCCCUAAACGCCUGCCGUAUUCGCAGCAUGUAGUUAAUUGUUAUUUUUAUAUUAUUAUAUUUCUGAUUAGGUGAUUUCAUCGAAAAAAAAAAGACUAUAAUCAACACAUUCCUCUUUGAAGCGGCUGGACCCUCUCCACCGUCGCCUACGCCAUUAAUCCGUUCUCAUUAUCGCAAUGACGUCAAGUAUUAAUUAAUAAUUAUUUGCAUUUUUUGUGCUUUUUGUGUUUCAAAAUGUAUUGUUAUAUAUUUACUUAUUUUACUUAAAUUCAGUUCCCAAUAAACAAUAUAUAUAAUAUGACAAUUUUUAUUAAAUACCUAUCUAUAAAUUACGAUUUGUAAUGAGCACUUAAUUACAGCUAAUGGUAUUCGAUUUCAAAAACGUCACAAGAAACCGUGUCAAUAAUAUUUUGAUAUAAUCAAGUUUUUAAGACAUUUUGUGGCAAAUUAUUUUAAGUAAAGAGUAAUGUAAAGGUAAUCUUCGCUUAUAAAUUCGUUUUUCGUCAUAUUAAUAUUAUAAUAAAAUAAACUUAAAGUUACUUAUUUGUGGCUUUUUCUCUCGAAUGUAU